AUGUCUCUUCCUCUCUCCAUGAACGGAGCGUUCAAACGAUACCAACUCGAUGGAUGCUCGCCUCUGAAGGCGACAUGGAAGUGCACGCUGAAGUGUCUGAAGCGUGCCCUGAUUCUCUACGUCCUCAAUUUCCUGAUUAAUCAAUCCCAGUCGUUCGAAACGGUGCGAAUCCUUGGAGUUCUUGCCUAUUUCUCCGUGUCUGGACUCAUCAACUCGCUUGUUCUUCUCUACACGCCGGUCUGGUACAAGGGAAAAGGAUUCAUCAGUCGAUGGACCGCGCGUUCCACGUUCAAAGACGAUCCCAACGUUCGCCACAUACUGGACUGGAUCGUCCCGACUCUCUUCGCCGUGGCGCACUGGUCCAUUGCAAAGUUUGUGGCGGCUCCUGGCUGUCCUGUCGGCUAUUCUGGCCCCGGUGGGAACGGAGAUGAUGGCUUGUUCCGCGAUUGCACCGGCGGAAUUUACCGCUACAUCGACUUGAAGCUGCUGGGAGAAAAGCACAUGUACCACGGCUCUGCGGUGGUUUAUGUGUAUGGAGGCAACCAUUUCGAGUGUGAAGGAAUCUUGGGAAUGAUGAACGCGAUCUUUUUGACGUAUUUGGGAACGUGGAUACCGUGGGUAUUCCGAACAGUGAAGAAGCAGAAGAAUCAGUUGUUGGUGUAUCUUGGAAUUGGAGCAGGUUUGCUGCUGUUCAGUGGCAUUCUGUGCGGAUUCAAGCAGUACGAUGGAUACAUGCCGAUUAAUAAGAACAAGUGGAACACGAGUUUUAUCGCGAUCACGAGUGGAACUGGAUUUUUGGCGUUUGGACUGAUCUAUUUGCUGGUGGAUGUGUGGAAGAUUUGGUCGGGCUUUCCUUAUCGGGCGUUGGGGAUGAAUUCCUUGUUGAUUUACGUGAUUCAUGAGUUCGUGGGAGAGUAUAUGCCGUUCUCAUAUCAUUUUAAGGAAGCGACGCACUGGACGACGAUGAUUAAUUCUUAUGUGUUGGGUGUGGGAAUGUGGGUUGUGAUUGGAAAUGAAUUUGUGCGUCAGAACAUCUUCUUUAAGAUUUGA